AUGAAAACUUUAACAGAGAUGCUAACGGAGCGAGAAGCAAUUGCACAGCUUUGCGAAACGAUUCUUGAUGAAGGAACUGAACACUGGGGUGUUAAGGUGGAACGAGUUGAAGUGAAAGACAUCAGAUUACCUCAACAGUUAACUCGUGCAAUGGCAGCAGAAGCAGAAGCUGCACGUGAAGCUCGCGCUAAAGUGGUCGCUGCGGAGGGCGAACAAAAAGUAAGUCCUGCUCGUUCAAUGGUUCUUCAGUUUCUUCUGGGCAGUGCAAAAACGACUCCAAAAUCACUGCGCGAGUACCGUGUGUGA